CAGAAAGCGUGAAGGCAGUUGAUGAUGGAUUUCAGCAUGAGGAUCAUGUUUGUGUUGCUGCUGAUCAGUCUACAGCUGACUGGAGGGGAUUUCAGUCCAUCCGGCGAAAGAGCUGAGCCUUCAAAGAGCCCUCAUCAGGUUCAUCGACGUGGAAAGUAUAGCGCUAAACAACAAUCUAAAUCUGAUGACAGCAAAAAUGUCAUCCAGAGUGCAACUGAACUCAACAGCUACUUGGAAUGGGUCACAUCAGCAGAAGUGCCAAAGGACGCAGUUUCUUUCAAGGAUAAGACAAACGAGUAUUACAUUGCUAAGCAUCUGCCACAAUGUGAGCUUUGCUUCUUUGACAAAGAGAAAAGCUCAUGUGUAACAUGGUCAUCCAAUGAAGUAAAUAAAAGCUUCAGACAUGUUUCUUAUAAUGAAAUUAUGUUUCUAGUAAACAAGGAUAACUUUGAAAUGAUGGAAUGGAAGGAAUGUACCAAUCAAAAGAUUCCACCUAUGUCAGUGGAGACUUGUAAUGGUUACUUUGUUGCUAAAAAUGCCUUCGGGUAUGUUAGAAUGACUGCACUCAGUUUAAUGAAGGAACCGGUUAAUGUACCAACUAAAGUCCUCACCUUAAACACUGACAUUAAAAUGCAGCAUUUACACGUUGUUGAAUAUUUAAUGUCAAGUGUAGUGACGGCAGAAAUCCUAGAAGUUCUUAAACAUUUCCAAGCUUCCAACAAGAAUUGCAAACCAGCCAAACAUACUGUAAAAUUGGAUCAAAACAUUGAUAAAAUAACUUCUUACCAAACAGGUAGAACCCAUAAAUUUGGAGUGAAUGCAGAGAUAUCAGUCAAUGGUACACUUCCAAAUAUAACGAAUAUUGGAGGAAAACUUGGGCUUAAAUAUGACUACAGUCGCUCUCGUUCUAAUACUGCAUCUGUAGUUGAGAAAACCCUGCACUCUGUGGGCAUGGAGGUGGAGGUUCCACCCAACCAUUCUUGCACCAUUGACAUUACAAGCAAUACCUUCACGGCUGAAGUCCCGUUCACUGGCGAAAUCACUAGAGUGUACAAAAACAACAAAAUACACAAGACCUUCAUCAACGGCACCUACAUCCAUCAGGAAGUAGCAGAACUUCAAACACUUGUGAAUCCCUGCCAACCUCUCUCUGAUAGAAGUAAGUGUUAGUCAAAACAUAGGCCUACAUAACCAGUGUGCAACUUCUCCAAAACAUGAUGUAUUGUGUAAGUGUAUGAUUAUAAUAGAAUGUCAUAAUCACAGAAUCAACAUUAAAUCAGCAUUGAACAGACUA